UAGUUCACAGCUGGCCGUCACGUGGCACCCGAUGGACUGUGAUUGGAGCCGGCGUGAUCACGUGGUGGGAUAGGUCGGAAGUCCACAUUGUGGAAAGAGAUCAGAACGAUCAGGAUGUCUGUGAAGCUGUAUAUGACAUCGGUGACCAGCUCCCGGGAGACAAAAUCUCAGCAGGGUGACAUUGUCCGGAUCCUGGAAACACAUGGCGUCCAGUAUGAUACCGUGGAUAUUUCUGUGGACAAAUCCCUUUUGGGAGAGAUGAGAGAGAAGGCUGGAAAUCCCACUGCAUUCCCACCGCAGCUGUUCCAUGGAGAUAAGUACCUUGGCGGCUAUGAGCAGCUUAUGGAAGCCGUGGAAGAUGGCAAAUUGGACCAGUUCCUGGAGGUGCAAAACUAAAGCUUCGUGCCGCAGUCCCAGAGGAAAUGCCUCUGCAUCUAUUCGGCUCAUCUUUAUACUGGCUCCUAUUACUUUCUUUGUCACUUUUGUCAGUUUUAUUACUGAAACUUAAUAGUAUUGCAAUGUAUUAUUUUUGUAAUUUUUUUUUACUUUUGGUCAUUCCAGUUUUACAAAGUAAUAGUACAUUCCUGAGGAAUUUGCAACCAUUUACAGUAAGCCUGUAAACUUUAUUUUAUUUGUUUGCCUUCUAAUGUUACAGAAGCCAUGACCCUUCUGGCAGCUUUUCUUCCAACCCCAUUCCUAUCAUGACUGUGAAUUUUAUUGUGUGUUUCCUGCCAAAGAGGAAGUGAGUCUUCCAGCUGAUCAAUAAAUGUGUUUCACAAAAA